AUGUCCGUCAACACCGAGUCCAGUUCCUUUACAGCUAUUCCCAUCCUCGACUACUCCCAAUCCACAUCCCGAGACACGAAACCCGACUUCCUCGCCGAUCUCCGCAACGCGCUGGUCAAUGUGGGGUUUUUCUACCUCGUGAACGCGCCCAUCGCGUCGGAGAUCAGACAAGAUCUCGUGCAAAAAUGCAAGACACUGUUUGAUCUGCCGCUGGAGAAGAAACUCGAGAUCGAAAUGGUCAAUAGCCGGCAUUUCCUCGGCUACUCGCGACUGGGGGCCGAGAUUACGGCAAGGAAACAGGAUUAUCGUGAGCAGUUUGAUUUUGCGACGGAGUUACCUGAACCUGGUCCGGCGGAGCCGCUGUAUAGGAAUAUUCGGGGCCCGAAUCAGUGGCCAGACGAAAAUGCAAUCCCAGGCUUCCGCCACUCUGUUGAGGCGUAUCUCGCUGAAUUAAGCCCAGUAGCAGACAACUUCCAGAUCCUGAUUGCGGAGGCCCUGGACCUGGAUCCAGCAGCCUUGAAACAAUUUUUCGACGAUCCAGUCCAGCAGAAGAUGAAACUGAUCAAGUAUCCCCCGCCUCCCAGCGACGCCGAGUCCCAGGGCGUCGGGGCCCAUAAAGAUUCGGAGUUCUUGACAUUUCUGCUACAAGCAACUCCCCACCAUGGCCUCGAAGUGCAGAACAAGGCCGGGGACUGGAUUUCUGCUCCACCAAUGGAUGGUUCGCUCGUUGUUAAUAUCGGGCGUGCCUUGGAAGCGAUCACAGGGGGUGUUUGUACGGCAACGACACAUAGAGUAAAUCUUGCGCCAUCGAACUAUGUGGAUGCCCAUGGUACGCCGCUGGGACCGCGGUUUUCUAUCCCGGUUUUCCAGGGAAUGAGCUUAGAUCUAUCGGUUGAGGAUAUCGCUUUGGAAUUUCCCGCCCAUAUCAAGAAGCUUGUAGGCGAUGAAAAGGCACGGUCGGACGCCGAGGCCACCUUUAAUAAGAUAUUUAGCGGUCGCACGGGCGAAGGAACGCUCAUCCACCGGAUCAUAAGUCACCAGGACGUGGGCCGGAGAUGGUACCCCGAGCUCCUGGCGCAAGCGCUCGGGGAGUAUGAGAAGAAAGGGCCCGGUUCGACUUCGGAUUCUUCACGGAAGUGA